CAGACCGCCCUCAUCUUCUCUGGCCCGGCGGCGCUGCAAUCAGGCCAUCAAACCCUCAUCUUCUCUCAUUAAUUCCUCUUCUACUUGUUCAUGUUAGUACAGAAAAUUGCUAUUAUAGGAUUCGAAACAAGCGGCUUUGCUAAAUAGGAUUCAUAACAUUCACUUUGCUAAAAUAGGUCUCGAAACAUUUGGACUUCGGAAUAUAUGACAUUAUGACCAUUUUAAUUUAUUUGAUAAUCUAAAUACAUGUUUGGAGGCCUUACAUGACUGUUUUGCCCUUAGCCUUAAAACGCCCUUUCUUGAGCGCCUUGCCGGCUUGCUAGGCUUGGCCGGCCGCACCGCCUGGCCGCUUGCCUGGGCGCCCGCUCAUCAUGAUGCACAUGUUGUGCUCCCACAAUCAACAUGGCUGGGCACCAUUCAAAAAAAAAACCUACCAGAGAGACCGACAAAAUAGUGAGGCGCAGGCCGCAGCCCCGGGCCAUCGGCGCCCCCGGCUGCACGUGCCCCUCCGCCGCCGUGUGUGGCUGCGCCGUGGCCUUGCCGGGGAGCAGCCCAGGACGAUGCGCGUGACCUCGCCGCCAGCCCUCCAGGACCUACGGCCACGGCAUCAGCUGCCGCCUCCUCUAGGGCUCCAUGGAGAGCGAUCCCAUCGUCUGCUGCCACGGCAUCAGGUGCCUCGUCAGGUGCCACCUCGUCAGGUGCCAGCAGUCUCCUUCCGUCAUCUGCAGGUCUGGGCUCUCCAUCCAUGGAGAUCGGCGAGGUGGGAGAAGGGAAUGAGAGGUGGCGAGUGGUGUUUUUGUCGUGCAAGACCUAUUUUAGGACGAGGGGCAAUAUGGGCAUUAUGAAAAAAUACAUGUAUUUAGGAUUAUGAUAUGAAUUAAAAUGGCCAUAAUGUCAUGUAUUCCGAAGUGCAAAUGUUUCGAGAUCUAUUUUAGUGAAGCCAACGUUAGGAAUUCUAUUUUAGCGAACCCGCUUGUUUCGAAUCCUAUAAUAACAAUUUUCUCGAAGAUAAAAUAUUUUAAAAAAGGGCUCGUUUGCAUCAGGUACCCAAGACGGUUAAAAUCAGGGACUACUGUAUUGCAGAGUUUAGUAGAAAUCCUCCGAGCUCUGAUUUGGUCGGUGGAGGAGCAAAGGAAUCGCUCCGGCGACCGGCAGCCACUGGCGGCGGGUGGGAAGCGGGAGCUGGAAGAGGCGCUGCUUCACAUCAUACAACGCCACCACCACCAAUCCCUCCGCCAAAGCCAACAAACUGAGAGAGCCAAGAAGGAUGCCUUGAGAAGCGCGCUGCGGGUGUCCGAUCUCCUCGUCGACACGGUCGACGGUGGCGUGCAGGAGCUCUUCGUCAACGAGAAGCGCAUUGAGCAUGAGGCCCGCGCGCUGCUCACCACUAUCGCGCGCUACAGGAAGCAGACUGACCAGUGGCUGGCUGCCACCAAUGAAAUCAACUCAGUCUUGAAGGAAAUUGGAGAUUUCGAGAACUGGAUGAAGAUCAUGGGCUUUGACUGUAAAAGUAUCAAUGCAGCGAUACCCAAUAUUCAUCGGUCAUGACGCUACCUGUAGACACAACUUUAGGAAGUAUUGGUGUCAUUAGAUGUGCUAAUUAUGCGAGUUGGAAACCCUCUUGGAUAGAACUGCUUCCUGUUUUUAACUGUAAAAUGAAUCCUUGCCAACUAUCUCUGCUAUGAGUACCAUCUCUGGUCCCUUCAAUUUCAAAGUGACGAUAUUUCAUCAAAAUACACCUUGAUCUGAUCAAGUCUUCCUAGUGGUGUUAUUGUUGUGCCAUUGUCGGAGCAACUUUUGUCCAUGAACUUGCAUGCUUGGUCUCCAAUUUUUUUUUUUUAAAAAAAGAGCUUGCAUGCUCAAUAUAGGUGCGGAAACACUGAAAGGUAAGACCAAUUGCUGCAUUAAAAGCAUUCUUUGUAUCAUUUUAUUCCUUGCACAUGUAUGAUUUGAAAGCAGUGUACAUUGCAUUUGGGCAUGACCUGUCAUAGAAGUUUGCAGUAAGCUGAGCUGAAACUAAGCUUGCAGAAAAGAACAAGGCCAAGACACUGCAAGCGAGGGGUUUAUGGGAGGCCAUUUUGCUCAGGGCUUCAGAGCAGUGUGUUGGUUAAUAUACAGAGUAUGUAUAGGUUGUGCCGUGUAUCUGGCAGCGCAUGGUGCUAACCUGGUGAAGCAUACUGGUUAAGAAGGGGGAGUGGCAGAUUAACAACCUGCCACGGCGGUGCAGUACGUGCUGUUAUGUAUGUUUUCUCACAUCAGAUACAUUAUGUGCGGACACCUAAUAAUUGGCAACGGCAAGUCAGCAACUUGCUUGCUGUGCAAACACCAAAGCGUUGCUUCUUUUAUGCUGAUGCAAGUGACAGGGGUGUUGAUACCUGAACACCACUUCGUGCAGGUGCUUCCAGAGCCAAGAAUCACCACUUCUUGGUUUGGUUUAGUUUCUAUCACUGUCGUUGGUUAUGGCAUGAGGUUACAAAUUUAUUUCUGUACUCUCUACAAAUAUUCCCGGUUUAUUUUGCAUUCUUGUUUCUUUGUCACAGAGCCAGGGCUUCAUGAUAGGAAGUGCUCUCCUUAAGGUAAGAAAGAUUUAAUCAACUAAUCUUUGUACAGUAUAAUGUAGGAGAAUUGUCAUCUGAUUCAUCAAAAUGGUGAAGUAACGGUCGCAAUGAUGAUACUGCCAUAAUGAGAUGUAGCCGUUUUCCACAAUUAUUCGUCUCUUUCAUCAAAGAUAGAGAAUUCUUUGUCUCUUUCUUUUCGAGAACAUGUUGGAGGGCAGCGUACAUUUAUCUAGACUCAUGAUAAGAACGUUUCUCUUUUACUCCCUCCAUUCAGUUUUGAUAGAUAUAUUUCCAUAUGACACAAUGACCAAGAGCACCACAAGUGUGCUUAUCAAUCUAAUAAAUGCCACAGACUUUUUUGUUGGUCAUCCAAUAUUUUAACUAGGAACUCCUUGUAACUAGUGCUAUUUAUUGCCAAUACCCAUGCUAAUAGUAAAUAUAGCUAUCAUUUUUGAACAUUUAAGUUUUUGAAAUAUAGCUAUCAAAAGUGAAUAGAGGGAGUAUAUCCUUGGUACCUAGCAAGUGUCACCGCCUCACCGGCAAUUUUUAGUGGUAUUUAUCAAACUGACCUAGCUUACUCAGAACAACAAUCAGUUGAUUAAGGGGGUAGGACAUGAUAUGAGAAAAAUGGAUGCCAAUAUUUGUUGUAUAGCACAUCGGAAAGCAGGUUGGAGCCUGGUUCGGUGAUGCUUUGCGAAGCUUUUGGCAUUUCUCUGGUUGAAGGUCUGUUUCCUUUGGAGAUGAUACUACCACAGGAUAGAAUGGGGAUAGUGUCAUAGUGGGCAGAUGAGCAUGCAUUUCUUAGUGCAUUUUAGGGAUAUAGAACAAGUGCAUAUAGAAAAUUUCCUCGUUAACUUAGAUCAACUGAACUGGUAUAUAUAUACCUGUCUACAAUUCCUGAAUGUUAAUUUGUUGAAAAAGACCAUGGAUACUUGAUUUUUCUUUCACUUAACAUUAUUUCUUAUCGUCUGAUCUUCUUUUGGGGCUUAAUUGGCCAGGUGGUUGUGCAGACAAGAAAUGCCUCCUUAGGUUUCGAGGGUCAGACUAUUUACCACAGAAGGGGUGUCAAAUUAUCUUCAAAACUCAUUAGUGUGGGAUUUGGGACCAAUCUACAAGCCUAGAUGAUCACUUCCCUAACCGGCAUACAGAUCUGGUCCUUGGGUAUUUCACUCAAGCACAACAAGUCUCACCAGGGAUCUUGGGAAAGAUUAGUAUCUGAAACUGAUAUUCUGAGCUAAUGCAAUUCAAGUCAACAAAGGUAUGCCCUUAUCCUAAUUUACAUCUAUUUUACAAUGGUGGCAUAUAGAAUGCUUGUGGGCCCAGUGACAACCUUAAGACCCCAGUUUGCCCACGAUGUGUGGACUCAAGGAAAACACCAUUUGCUUCUUUCUUAGGCCAAUUUUAAUCUUGUUUGAAGAGUACAAAUAUCAACAAUUCCAAGUGUAUCACAAUCUCUUUACUUGGCUGCCCUGUUUUAUGAACUGCAGAGUUCUUUGUUGAGCAUUCAGCAGUAGUGCCAUAACCUUCACAUUUGGCCCUAAGAGUUAUGUUCCAAAAUUCGAGUUCAUUUUUAUGCAUUAUAGUUUAUUGAAUUGAAAAGAUUAUUAUUCAUGUUACAUAUAAGAUUAUGCUAUUACCAUGCUCCAAUAGGUGCAGCCCCUAUUGCUUUAGGAUAAUGCAAUACUUUUGACCCAGAGUAUUUUGUGUUUGUGCUGUUUUGUUGCAUCUUUAUUAACAGUUCCUGAAUUCUCUUUUGUUGUCAACAUUCCGUCGCUGAGUAACGAUAGAGUAUGUCAGAAUUUAAAUUAUUGCCAUUUCAAUGACAUUCCGUCGCUGAGUUGAAGGAUAAGAUCCAAUGGAUGAACUGAUGCAAGGUACAUGGGUUUUAAUGGCAUGGGUGCUUCUCAUUAGGAUGUGGGAAAACUGUAGCUAGAAAAUUUGUAUAGAUAUAAAAUUAACAAAAACAUUAUUUCUUAUGUUUCUGUUUCUAACUUGUUUCAUUGUUCAGCAUGACAACUCCAAGUGGCAGGUUUGCUCCACACAAAAGAAUAUGCCUGUCAAUGAGUGACUGUAAGUUCUGAACUGUUUCCGGAUUAUAGUUGCUUUGGCAUCACAUGAGGUCUGAAAUAAUGCUCACUAUUUAUAUGCACAAUGCAUUUUUGGAACCCAUAGCAUGCUUUUCAUUUUUUUCAGCUACUGUGCAAUGUACAAACUCUUUAAUUGUUGAUAGUAAAAUCAAUGCUUUGUGGUAGUGUGUAAUUAUUUCAACUGUUUUUUUCCGCUUUGAGAUGUGAGAACUUGAAAUGAUAAAUCAAUGUUUAGUUCUGUUCCAGUGAUCGUUCUAUCAGGACGUCAAUGUUUUUCAGUUUAAACGGUUUAAUUUUCUUCCCUUUGUUAUUCUGACAUGUUAAAUUUUGUGCUGCAGCAUUUUUACUGGGCUCUUGUCAUUCAUGAUGGAUGAUACUCUGACAACUGGAAGCAUCAAGACUUCAGAUGCAGAGAAGAGACGCUUAGCAAAAGCUUCCCUUGCAUAUAAUUGUGAGAGGUAUAUCAUUUAUCUGGAUGCUAAUUCAUUUUGAUUGUGUUUUUUCUGCAUAACUGAAAAUAUUGUUUACAAACUAACCCUGCAGAAACAGAUUGUGCAUUAGCUUCUGAACACAUUGUGUAGGAAAUAUAUUUUUACAUGAAAGAAACAACUUAAUUUUGUCAGGAGGCUGUGCUUACAGAGUGCAAGGAACUCAUGUUGACUGUGUUAAGUUCCUACGUAGAAUUGUUCCGGGUCAUGCACCAGCCGCUCCCCCGGCGCCACAUCCAGCCAUGCUCCCAAGUUGUGUGUGUGUUUUCCGCUCGCUGGCCGUGACCUCCUCUGCCCGCCACUUGCCUUGUCGGCUCGUUGGCUCGUCCCCACCACGUCGUUCCGCCCGCCCGCCGUCGACCACAGCGGCUGCAAAGUGCUUGGGGUAUUCUGAUGCUAACGACAAAAUGCUCGUAAGAUUCUACUUUUGCAGAAGAGCAUCCCAUCAAAUCUGAUCAGUUUAGAUGAUUGGUAUCAAUGAUUCCUAGCUUUGGCUGUCAAAGAUUCCAGUUUCUCUCAAUCUGUUUACCAGGAUGAACUUCAGCUAUCUGUCUGCUCCUGCUACCGUAUUCCCUUCUGAAUUGUAUGAUGCUCGCAUUUCAUGGGCCAAAAAUGGUGUGCUCACAACUGUGGUUGAUGACUUCUUUGAUGUUAUGGAAUCAAAAGAGGAAUUAGGAAACCUGGUAGAAUUAGUUGAGUACUGUCAUUCAGCUUGAUGCCUUUGUCUAAUCUUUAAGGUAAUGCUGAUCUCUUAUGCAUGACUAAUUGAUCUCCCAUGUUUGGCUAAUGGUUUUCAUAGAUGGCAUGAGCACCAUGCAAAUAAGUACUACUGAGAGCAAGUAAGAAUAGUAUUUUACAAGGCCGUGAUGUUACAAAACACCUAGCAGAAAUUUGGCUAUAUCUGUUGAGGUCUAUGAUGAUGGAAGCAGAAUGACAGAGAAGCCAACAAGUGCCAACAGUUGAAGAAUACAUGACAAAUGCAGUUGUCUCGUUUGCACUGGGUCCCAUUGUGCUCCCAGCAUUGUAUUUCUGUUUGUAUAAAUCAAAAACUGUUUCAAUUUAUUGCAGUCAUGAGUCAUUUCUCGGUCCAUGUGUGGUGCGACUGCUAGGAACUGAAUAUGCAACAUUUUGCUUGAAAACUGAAUCACUGCUAGUCAAAUGGGACAAGGUUACAAAAUA